UCAAAAGGAAUUAUAUUAAUAGUUAAUUAAAUAAAGUUUGUUGUUAAUAGAAGUAAUUUUGAUUAAGCUAUAUUAUAAAUGAGUUAAGGAAAUGUUGAUGAUCCUGCUCUAAUAGAAAGCACGCCUGUAAGAACAGUGAGAAAUUUGAAAAAUAGAUAAUCUCUCACAAGCAUCAAAGGAGAUGGUGAAAGUGAAGAUAGCUAUGAUAAUACAAGCGAAUAUUAAGAGUUAGGGUAAAGCUAAACUCAGUAAUCUAGAGGUAUUAAAAACCAAAAAAACAUGGAAGAAUAUAUUAAAAAGGUAGAAUAAUUUUCUAACGAAAUGAAACCAAGUUUCUAGAGAAAAUUUUAGCAUACAUCUGCAACCACAAUUCAAAUGAAAAGAUUUUAAAGUCAAGAAGAUAAUAAAGUUACUUCUAGAACAUCGAUGCACGAUACUUCUUCCCUUUAAAAAAAAUAAGUAGAAGGAAAUGGCAGCACUCUUUAUGAAUUAAAUUCAGAAAACACUGUUCCCGUAAAAAAUGAGAAAAGAAGUAGUGGUGCUACUGCUUUUGCUGUACCUGUUUCUUCUUAUUUAAAAAAUAAUAGCUAACCAACAUAAUAACUACCAUAUGGAUCGUAAAUAACAAGUGUUGAACAAUCUUAGAUAUAUUUGUAGCCUCUUAAUGAUAAAACCAAUAAUUUGUAAUAAGCUGACCGCAAAUCUUUCAGAAGGAACAAGAUGAAAGUAGGAACAUUGAAUGAUGCAAAUAUGGGCUAUGGAACAUUAUAAGAAGAAAAUGGACUCUAAGAACUAAAUCAAAAAAGCUAAUACGUCAAUAUUGAUAUGGAAUAUGCUAUUUAAUUUGUAAUGACCAAAAGCAAAACUAUUAGAGAAAAAAUUGAAGAUGAAAAUAUCUCUCUAGAUUCGAUCAACAAAGCUGUGUUGUAAAGCAGAGCGUUUAAAAUUCACUAUAAUAUGUUUUUGUAGAAAUAAGUUGGACUGAAAAUAUUAAAUCCAGAAUUUAAAAACGUUAGUAAAAAGAUGUUUGAAAAACUAGAGAAAUUUUUUAUAAGUUAGCUAGAAAAGGAGAAAGAAAAUAAAGAGUUGCAAAAAAAUUAUAAGACUUAAUCAUAAAAUGUCUAAAAUCUACUUUAAAGUAGAAUGUAAUAGCUAAUGGAAGAGAUGAAUAACCCAAACAAAAUUAUUCUCUCUAAUUGA